UUCUGUGUUACUAACUGUGAGUAGAACUAGGAGGUGGUUGUUAUUUAUUCUGGGUGAAACGAGUUAAGUUAUUUGAGUCAGUUUAGCUCUGACAACUAUAUACGUGUGCUACAUUUACUAACUAAGUAAACAUAAAGAUUUUGAAGAUGACAAGUGAGGGAGACCAAGGUUGGGUUAAAGUUUUUGUGUCCAGUAAUGUUAGCUCAUUUUUGUCAGAAAGGCGUUUUCAGAAAGAUCUUUCUAUAGCAGAAGUAAAAGGAAAGUUAGAGCUUUUAACAGGAGCUUCUGCUGCCUCAAUGAAACUAGAACUUCAUAACAAGGAUAAUGAACUUGUUGCUUCCCUUGACAAUGAUACAGCUUCUUUGUCAUCCUAUCCUAUUAUUGAUGGAAUGAGAAUUAGUGUCAUUGACAGCUCUAGUACAGCUGGAGAAUUUGAAGAUACGAGUAAAGUGGAAAAGUUUGAAUUGUCAAAUGAGGAAUAUGCCCAACGAGCCGAAUCACUUAGAGCUUUUAAGAUGCAGAACAAGCUGGGUCAAUUUGAUGAAGAAAAAAAUUCCCAACUUCAGAAAAUAAAAGCCGAGAAGGAGAAGAAAAUUAAGGAAAUGGUAGAAAAGAUUUCUGUUGGUAACCGCUGUGAAGUUCACCUCAGUGGCCAUCCAGUUCGUAGAGGAACAGUAAUGUUUGUUGGAGAAACUCAUUUUAAACCAGGGUACUGGGUGGGAGUCAGGUAUGAUGAACCACAAGGAAAAAAUGAUGGAAGUGUUCAAGGAAAAAGAUAUUUUGAGUGUCCAGAAAAUUAUGGGGGAUUUGUGAGGCCCUUAGAUAUAACUGUAGGAAAUUUUCCAGAAAAAGAAUUAGAUUUGGAAGAUGAUGAAAUAUAAACACAAGUCUUACACAAUCAUCUUUCAUAAUAUAAAUGCUCUGUAGUGUGGCUUGUUACAACUUAACAAUUGUCAAUUGUAUUUCAAGAUACAUCAAAAUUGAUUGUCAAUUCAACAAAAUAAUUUUACAACUAUGCUUGUUUUUUAAUGGCAUUCUAUUAAGAAUGCACAAACUUUAUGGAAUCUGUAAUACCUAUUAAUAGUUUGUUUGCCAUACAUGAACAAAGUACUGUAUAUGUUGAUUAGUAAGUUCAUAUCAUUUAAUUUUUCUUUUUUGUUUUGUAAUUUUUUUUAUUUAAAUCAGUUAGAAAUAUGAAAACUUUUUUUUGUUAUUAAGCUUUGAAUUCAAUAAAGAUUUAUUGGAUUAGGAUUGUUUUUAGUAACUGCAGGGGAUUAAAUUUAUUCAAAUAAUCUAGUAACCCAUCGUGUAUUAGCUUUAUGAUGUAGAUAUUCAAUCAAACCCAGCUAUGUAAAUAAUUGAUUGUUUAGGAAUACAUAGGAAUUUGAAAAGUCUGCAUUGAUGCAUUUAAUGAAGAAAAAUCCAACCCAAAAAGUAUGGGUCAGAUAUUUAGGAUCAAGAGAUCACCAGCCUAAUAUUUUGGAUUGUCAAAUAGAAUUAUGAGCACCCUGUUCACUUGACAUUUAAUUCUGACUACUACUCUGCGAGUCGUAAUUUUCCUGAUACUUUUACAUAAUACUAAUCAGCUAAACUGCAAUUUUUAUCACUAUUGGAUGAAUGUUGUAUGUUGUUCAGUUUUGUAUUUUUAGAUGUUAAUAGACAACUUGGCCAUACUAAUAAAACAUCUCAGAUAAAUAACUUUUUGUUUUCAAAAGAAAAUCUAACACUAUCAAAAUAUUUAAUUUUUUAAAAUUUGUUAUAACAAAACACAAGAUCCAUGUAAUCAUUAUGCUAAAUAAUUUGUAUAUUGGAGCUUAUUUGAUUUGAAUAUGCAAAAUAGUUGUAUAUCUUGUGUAUAAGCAUUUCCUUAUAAAUGUGAACUUUCCAACAAGGUUUGCUUAAAAUAGUGAAUUGGCAUGAAAUUAAGAAUUGUUUACUUACUUUCAUUAGUCUAUACAAAAUGUUAAAUUACUGAACAUUAAAAAAUAUUACUUCACUA